GCCAAGGAAGUACGAAAAGAGGGUUUGAAAGCCCUUUUGGAUUCAUCCGCACCACUAGGCUAUUUCUUAUAUCACCUCUUGAACGAAUACAGUAGCGAGAAUCUGUUCUUUUAUUUAGCGGUGGAGAAUUACCAAAGUUACAAUUUCACAAGCGACAUGGAGCGACAACAAGUAGCCAAUAAAAUUGCUAAAGCUUAUUUGACCACGCAUUCGGAUUUAGAAGUGAACCUCGAAGACAAAAUUUCUAGAACAGUGAGAAAAGCCUUAUUAGAGCAACAACGUCAACCCUCCGCAUCCACCGGACUAGAAUUCGAAGCGGCAAAACGACAUGUGUUUUCUUUGCUAAAUGUCAGCUAUCACCGCUUUCGGUCUAGUUCUAUUUGGGACAUUAUGGAAUCAAAGUGU